AUGUUUUCAGAGGGUUGCCCCAAGCCUGUGGAUCUUGCCUUACUCGUUGAUGCAUCAGGUAGUAUAAGCAGAAGAAACUUUGCCCGAUUUAAAAUUUUUCUCAAGCGGCUAGUGGACGAGUUCGACAUAUCUGAGAGUGGUACUCACGUGGCUCUAGUCGAGUACAGUACAGAAGCGUCAGUCCAGCUAAAGUUUAACGAUUUCAGUGGCGCGUUCCUAAACGCAGCCAACGUGAAGCGGCGUAUUGAUCAAAUUCCUCAUAAUCGAGGACUUACAUAUAUCGACAAGGCUUUGAGUUUGACCAACAGUGAAGUCUUUACUGCCGAAGGGGGAAUGAGGCAGAACGUGACUAAGGUAGCUAUCGUCAUGACUGACGGUGUGCAAACAGUUCCAGACAGCAGUUCAGAAUCAAGCACAGAGAUAUUAGACUCUGCAGUUCAGCCAGUGAAGGACAAAGGCGUAGAGGUCAUGUCAAUUGGAAUCGGAAAAGGCAUCGUACUAGUGGAUUUGGUUACUCUGGCUUCGGACGAUACCGGUGUCUUUUUGGCAGAGAGCUUUGCAGCCCUAGAUGAGAUUGCAACAGAUAUAAUAGAGGGGAAAUGUCCAGUCGACGGUCAGUGGUCGAACUGGGAGAAAUGGACCGAGUGCACUGAGACUUGCGGUGGUGGCACAAGAAAGCGGAUCCGAAAGUGCAACAACCCGGCUCCAGCAAACGGAGGGGUUAAAUGCCCAGGGCCAGCUGAACAAGAAGAGGCUUGCAAUGAAGAUCCUUGCCCAAUUGACGGCAACUGGUCCGACUGGGGAAACUGGUCUGGUUGUCCUGUAACCUGUGGAGGUGGAGAGCAGAUAAGAACGCGAACUUGCACCAACCCCCCUGCUGCUUUUGGUGGGGCACCAUGCCCUGGGGAGCCUGAAGAACGUCGACUGUGCAACAAGAAUCCUUGCCCAGUUGACGGCAAUUGGUCUGACUGGAAUGAGUGGAGCGAUUGUCCUGUGACAUGUGGAGGAGGCGUGCAGGAGAGAACGAGAACCUGCACCAAUCCCCCUGCGCAGUUCGGGGGAAAGACAUGCCCAGGAGAGAGUGAGGAAACAAGAGCGUGCAAUGAAGACCCUUGUCCAAUUGAUGGUAACUGGUCCGAUUGGAAUGAUUGGAGGGACUGUCCAGUAACGUGUGGAGGUGGAGUCCAGGAAAGAUCAAGAACUUGUACCAAUCCUCCAGCGCAAUUCGGAGGAAAGCCUUGCCCUGGGGAGAGCGAAGAAACCCGUGCUUGUAAUGAAGAUCCUUGUCCAGUCGAUGGUAACUGGUCUGACUGGAAGGAAUGGAGCGAUUGUCCUGUCACGUGUGGUGGUGGAGUCCAGGAAAGGUCAAGAACUUGCAGUAAUCCACCGGCGCAAUAUGGAGGAAAGCCAUGUCCUGGAGAGAGCGAAGAAUCAAGGGCUUGCAAUGAAGACCCUUGUCCAAUUGAUGGUAACUGGUCUGAUUGGAAUGAAUGGAGCGAUUGUCCCGUCACAUGUGGUGGUGGUGUCCAGGAAAGAUCAAGAACUUGUAGCAAUCCACCGGCGCAAUUUGGAGGAGAGCCUUGUCCUGGAGAGAGUGAGGAAUCGAGAGCUUGCAAUGAAGACCCUUGUCCAAUUGAUGGUAACUGGUCUGAUUGGAAAGAAUGGAGUGAUUGUCCUGUCACUUGUGGUGGUGGAAUGCAGGAAAGAUCAAGAACUUGUAGCAAUCCACCAGCGCAAUUUGGAGGAAAGCCUUGUCCUGGAGAGAGCGAAGAAUCGAGAGCUUGCAAUGAAGACCCUUGUCCAAUUGAUGGCAAUUGGUCCGACUGGAAGGACUGGAGUGAUUGCCCAGUCACAUGCGGUGGCGGAGUACAGAAUCGAUCUAGAACCUGUACCAAUCCCCCCGCUCAAUUCGGAGGAAAGCCAUGCCCUGGGGAGAGUGAUGAAACAAGAGUGUGCAAUGAAGACCCUUGUCCAAUUGAUGGAAACUGGUCCAAUUGGGGUCCUUGGAGCGAGUGUACGGUCACGUGUGGUGGUGGUAAACAGAUCCACACUCGUAGUUGUACUAAUCCCCCGCCGGCAAAUAAAGGACUACUUUGUAUUGGUGAAAGCGAGGAGUCACGGGAAUGUAACAUUGACCCGUGUGGAAGACCCGCAGAGAUAACACACAUAAAUACGUCAAUUGCCUCGACCGUGGUUGGGGGUAAAGUGGAGUUACAGUGUGUUUCCGACGGGGAUCCCACACCCACAGUUACGUGGUACAGUCCUAACGGUACCGAACUGGUCACCAUCACAGGAGACAGCACAAUAUUUAUUGUGGUAGAUGGUCCAAGCGACUUUGGUGACUACCGAUGUAAGGCUUACAAUGGAUUCGGUCCACCAGUUGAGAGAGUAGUAUCUGUGGAUCCUAUCGUACCACAGAAGGUUGGACCUCCAGGCGAUCCCGGACCUAAAGGCGACAAGGGUGAUAAAGGCGGGCCAGGACCCCCCGGAUCACAAGGUGACCGCGGAGUGAAGGGUCAACCGGGCGUUGACGGUCCUAAAGGACCCCGUGGGCCGCCGGGGCCCCCGGGGCCUCCUGGAAAAGUUGUUUUAAAUUUCACUGGACCUGAUAUUGGGCCACUCGAGGGCAGGGUGGUUCCGGGUGGCUCUAAAGGACCUAAUGCUGGAUUCAUUACAGUGAAAGGAGAAGCAGGAGAGCCGGGGUCUCGUGGAGUAGCGGGAACUCCGGGUUACCGUGGGCCAGACGGCACGCCAGGGGAGAAAGGACAAAUGGGGCCUGAAGGAGAGAGAGGAAUAUCGGGCGCACCUGGUUUACCAGGCCCUCCAGGUUUGCAGGGAAGAAAUGGAGAGGAUGGUGCUCCUGGUCCCACGGGUGAGCCUGGUGAGACUGGUGUCCAAGGAGAACCGGGACCUGUUGGGAACCCAGGUCCCAUUGGUUUAUCUGGUAUCAAAGGCGAUAGGGGAGAACAAGGUGAACCAGGAGAAGUAGGAGAUCAGGGUAAAUUUGGACAAACGGGAUUUGAUGGAAAACCUGGUCGAAAUGGCGUCAAUGGGAGGAAGGGAGAACAGGGACUCCCGGGUCCGCUUGGGCUUCCGGGACUCAGAGGUUCACUUGGUCAACAAGGUCUACCGGGCGGGCCAGGACCAGAAGGACCAGCGGGUGCUCCCGGAGAAAUAGGUGAACCAGGAAAUGCUGGAGCUCCUGGACUGAAAGGCGACAGAGGGCAACCUGGGUUACGUGGGAAACGCGGUUCAAACGGGGAAACUGGGCCCAGUGGACCUACUGGACAGAAAGGAGACUCGGGUGAAAAAGGUCGACGUGGCCAAACGGGACAACCUGGUGCCAAAGGAGCGACGGGUCUCGUCGGCAACAUGGGCCUCAGAGGAGAACAAGGGAAGGAGGGCACUCCGGGAAUCGAUGGUCAACCAGGCUCGGAGGGAGGAAGAGGAGAGAGGGGCCCCCCAGGAACAGCAGGACCAAGAGGAAGACUAGGAGCGAAAGGAAAUCGGGGUCCUUCAGGGCAGAUUGGAGCCCCUGGUCCAAUUGGCUCGCGUGGAAAAAAGGGUUCUAGAGGACGACGAGGAGCAAGAGGCCUUCCUGGUGAGAUGGGCCCAGAGGGACUUCAAGGUGAAGUUGGUUACCAUGGAGCUUUUGGUCUGGCAGGGAAAAAGGGCAACGCUGGAUUACCAGGGAUAGACGGAAUUCCUGGAACCAAAGGAGAUCAGGGAUCUCCUGGAGUGGCUGGAAAUCCUGGGAGCCCUGGAAUGAGGGGGAUUGGUGGACAGAGAGGAAGAGCAGGGAAUCCGGGGGCGAUUGGAUCAAAGGGCUUACCAGGGGAGGAUGGCACUCCGGGAAGAACAGGAGAUACCGGUCUACCAGGCAUUAAUGGCUCACCUGGCCUUCGAGGAGCAAAGGGAACAAUGGGCCAACAAGGUAAAGAUGGAUCGUCAGGCCGUGUGGGAUCGAGAGGACCAAAGGGUGAUAAUGGUGCUAAAGGCUCGACUGGGACACCCGGAAGAACAGGAAGAGCUGGGCGUCGUGGUGAACGAGGCAUGAUGGGUCUCCGAGGUUUACAAGGACCUGUGGGAGUAGCUGGAGUUCCUGGCCCUAUGGGCAACACUGGACGUCCCGGUCUCCGGGGACGAACAGGAGAACGUGGAAAGGACGGUAAAAUUGGUCAGCUGGGUGACCGUGGUCCAGUUGGUAAACCUGGGCUGCCUGGACCCCAGGGCCCACCUGGAAAAGUUGGCAAAGCUGGAAGUAAUGGCGAAGAUGGAGCUCCGGGCGGGGCAGGACAACGUGGAUCUCGAGGUCGAAAUGGAAAUUCAGGCUCACCUGGUUGGCCGGGGUUACGUGGGUUUUCUGGAAAAAGAGGAUCGAAAGGAGAAAAGGUGUCAAUUAAGGAUUGUAUCUAG